AUGGCAGAAGAGAAUUUCACAGCUGUUACUGAAUUCAUCCUUUUGGGACUGACAGACCGUGCUGACCUGAAAAUUAUUAUUUUUGUGUUGUUCUUGGUGAUUUAUGUCAUUACCUUGGUGGGGAAUCUGGGCAUGAGCUUCAUAAUCCAAAUCACUCCCAAGCUCCAUACACCCAUGUACAUGUACUUUUUCCUCAGCUGCCUCUCAUUUGUAGAUGCCUGCUAUUCAUCUGUUAUCGCACCAAAAAUGCUGAUCAGCUUCUGGGUUGUGAGGGAAACCAUCUCAUUCUCUGCCUGCAUAGUACAACAUUUGUGUUUUGGGGUGUUUAUCACCGCAGAAGGCUUCUUGUUGUCAGUGAUGGCCUAUGACCGUUAUGUGGCCAUUGUCAACCCUUUGCUUUACAGUGUAGUCAUGUCUAAGAGGAAGUGUGUAGGGCUGGUCAUUGGGUCAUUCAUAGGGGGAAUGAUUAACUCAUUGACACACACAAUAAGCUUGGGCAGACUGUCUUUUUGUGGGUCCAAUGUUGUCAGCCACUUCUUCUGUGACGUUCCCCCACUCCUAAAGCUGUCAUGUUCUGAUACUUCCAUGAACGAAUUGUUGCUCUUAACUUUCUCUGGAGUCAUUGCCAUGGCCACCUUCUUGAUUGUGAUCAUUUCCUACAUGUUCAUUGUUUUUGCUAUCCUGAAGAUCCGGUCAGCAUCAGGCAGACAGAAAGCUUUCUCCACCUGUGCCUUCCACCUGACUGCUGUGACCAUAUUCUAUGGUACCUUAAGCUUUAGUUACAUACAGCCAAGUUCCCAGUAUUCCGUAGAACAGGAGAAGGUGGUUUCUGUGUUCUAUACACUAGUGAUUCCCAUGUUAAACCCACUUAUUUACAGUCUGGGAAACAAAGAGGUAAAGUGUGCCGUGGGAAGGGCCAUCGAAAUGAAACAUUUCCCCUGUUAA